AUGAAUUUUCCCAUUUCCGCCCACGUUCGCGCAGUUCGCGCACUACGAUUUCGAGUUCUUUUGCUCUACGACUGCGAUCCAACCACCCGGCGUUGUAUGCGAUUCCCUGAAGAGCGCCAGGAACUCGCAACAAUGCUUAUUCCCAAGGCUGAUCGCAAGAAGAUUCACGAGUACCUCUUUAAAGAGGGUGUGCUCGUGGCUAAGAAGGACUUCAACCUGCCCAAGCAUGGAGACAUUGAUACCAAGAACCUCUAUGUCAUCAAGGCAUGCCAGUCCCUCACCUCGCGCGGCUAUCUCAAGACGCAAUUUUCCUGGCAAUACUACUACUACACCUUGACCCCCGAGGGCCUCGACUACCUCCGUGAAUGGCUCCACCUGCCCGCUGAGAUUGUUCCCGCAACACACAUCAAGCAACAACGCUCACACGCUCCUCCUCGUGGCAUGAUGGGUGGUGAUGACCGUGAACGCCGUGGUGGUGGACGCGGUGGACCGAGAGGUGAUCGCGAGGGCGGAUAUCGUCGUCGUGAUGCAGGUGAUGGCAAGGAAGGCGGUGCGCCCGGCGAAUUUGCUCCUACUUUCCGUGGUGGAUUCGGUCGUGGCCGUGGUGCUCCUCCCGCCAGCUAG